CUAAUAGUUCUAACCUAUUAUUAAAAAAACGAGAUACUAGUGAAUUAUUUUUCUGUUGUUAUACUUAAGUGCAAUCACUUUUUCCUCGGCGCGUAAACUUAAGAGCAGAUAUUUUUUAAAUUUCUCCUUCCCGAUUCAAUACAAUAGCUUCACUCCCACUUGAGUGUAUUUUAUAACUUUUCUUGGUGGACUUCUUCUGAAGACCUGAAAAGAAACUCAAUAGUAUUAAAUUUGUCGUUAAACAAUAAAGUCUAACAAUUUUACAUUAUCGGAAAGUAUUAAAUAAUGAAUUUAUUUAAUAUCUAAAUAAACGCGUUCCCAAUUUAUUUAAUUGAGUGAAAAAACAAAUUUAUAAAAUUUUGUAUCGUGAUAAUUCUAUUAAAAAUGUUUAAAAUAAAUUUAUUAAAUAUAAAUAAGUUCAAAAAUUAUUUUAAUGCCAGUAAAAUAAUAAAAAUAUAUUUAAAUAAAUAUUCAAGUGCAGUAAUUGAUAAUUUGACAACUGAAGAAUUAAAUUCAGUACGACCGUACGGGGAAAUUCCUGGCCCUAAACCAAUUCCGCUUCUGGGCAACACAUGGCGAUUCAUUCCUUACAUAGGUGAUUUCAAAAUAAAAGAGAUCGACAAAGUAUCCAAACGAUUGUUCAAAGAGUAUGGGGAUAUUGUUAAAAUAGAAGGUCUUAUGGGCAGGCCGGACAUGGUCUUCCUUUACGAUGCUGAUGAAAUACACAAAAUAUUCCGUCAAGAAGAAAUAAUGCCCCAUCGUCCCUCAAUGCCUUCGCUCAAUUAUUACAAACAUGUGUUACGCAAAAAUUUUUUCAAAAAUAAUCCUGGCGUUAUUGCUGUCCACGGUGAAAGUUGGUAUAAGUUUCGCAGUAAAGUGCAGCAAGUAAUGCUACAGCCACGAAUUGUCAAUUUAUAUGUCGGAGCAAUUGAAGAAUCGAGUCUUGAUUUUAUCAAGAGAAUUGAUAGAAUUAAAAAUAAUUGUGACGAAGUACCGGACGAUUUUUUAAAUGAAAUAAAUAAAUGGUCACUAGAAUCAAUAGCUAAAGUCGCAUUGGAUUUGCGUCUCGGUUGUAUGGACGAAGACGCUGAUUUCGAAACCCAACAACUCAUCGACGCUGUCCAUACAUUUUUUACAAAUGUUGGGAUUUUGGAAUUAAAAAUACCAUUUUGGAAAUUAUUUAACACUCCUAGAUACCGUGAUUAUGUUCGUGCAUUAGAUACUUUACUAAAUUUCACGAUUAAGUACACGCAGAUAGCGAUGGAAAAAUCAAAGUACAAAGACAAAAAUCGUGAUUUAUCGUUACUGGAACGUGUUCUCGAGAUUGAUGACAAUAAAAAUUCUAAUUUAGCUUCCGUACUUGCGCUUGAUUUAUUUCUCGUUGGAAUUGAUACUACAGCAAAUGCAGUUGGUUCAAUUUUAUAUCAAUUGGCAUCACACCCAGACAAACAAUCUUUAUUAUUUGAUGAAAUAAAUCGUGAACUUCCUCAUGAAGAUAUGAAAAUUAAACGUAAACAUCUAGAUAAUUUGAAAUACUUAAAAGCAUGUAUCAAAGAAACUUUAAGAAUGUACCCAGUGGUUAUUGGUAAUGGAAGAUGUAUGACCAAUGAUACUGUAAUAAAAGGUUACCAUAUUCCGAAAGGGGUUCAAGUAGUAUUUCAACACUACGUAAUAAGUAAUGAAGAAAAAUAUUUCAAGCAAAACGAUAAAUAUCUCCCAGAAAGAUGGAUAAAUGACGACAAUAAUGAUUCAUCACGCCAGUGUCAUCAUUCAUUUGCAUCGUUACCGUUUGGAUUUGGAAGGCGCAUGUGUCUAGGCCGCCGCUUCGCUGAUCUCGAAAUGAUAAUCGUAAUUAGUAAGAUUAUUCAGAAAUAUCGUUUGGAAUAUAACUAUGAAAAAAUGGACUAUCAUAUCAAUCCACUUUACACACCAAAGGGUCCGUUGAAAUUAAAAUUCAUUAAACGAGAAUUAAAAUAAAAUAUUUUAUU